AUGCUAUGCUCAAUACGAAUCCCGAAUGGCAAAUCCUUGGAGGAAACCCGAUCAGUCGAAAUCAUAGAUCAAUUAAUCUUACCACACGAAUUAAAAUGGUGUAAAGUUUCAAAUACAAAUGAAGCAUUUGAAGCGAUCAAAUCAAUGAAAAUUCGUGGUGCUCCUGCUAUUGGUUCUAUUGCUGCCUUAUCGAUUGCUUGUGAACUUUUGAAUUAUCUCGAAUUGACAAAAACUGGAAACACGAAUAACGAAAACAAUCCUCUAGAAAAUACUUUGAAACUUCAAAAUUAUCUUGAAAAAACAUCACAACACUUACUUUCUGCUAGACCAACUGCUGUAAAUUUACGUGAAGCAUUACUACGAGUUGCACAAGCAUUUCAUAAAAUUCAUGAACAAGGAGGUGAAAGGGACCCAAAGAAGAUUACUGAAAAACUUGUAGCAGUUUGUAAAGCGGUCUGGGAAGAAGAUUUAGAGCGUAACAAGAAGAUUGGUUAUAAUGGUGCUCGUUGGUUGAUCAACAAACUUGGAAUAUCGGAUCGACCAGAACGAAAAAUCUCAAUGUUAACAGUCUGUAAUACUGGAUCUUUAGCUACUGCUGGCUUCGGUACCGCACUCGGCGUCAUCACUGCUCUACACGAACUCGGUCGAUUAGAGCACGCUUAUUAUAUGCAAACUGGUCCUUAUAUGCAAGGUGCUCGACUUACAAGUUUAGAAUUACAAACUUUGAAAAUUCCUUCAACUAUGGUUUGCGAUACUGCGGCUGGAUGGUUAAUCAACAGCGGGCGCGUUGAUGCAUUUGUGGCAGGAGCAGAUAGGAUUGCGUCCAAUGGUGACACAGCCAAUAAGAUCUCAACCUACCAGAUUUCAUUGAUGUGUCGUCAUGCCGCUCCUACCUCGAAGAGCAUUCCAGUUUUGAUCGCAGCUCCACUUACCACAUUUGAUUUGAACAUGGAAAGUGGAGUGGAGAUUGUGAUUGAAGAACGACCCAGCAUCGAAGCCUGUACUGUCCGUGGCAAGGUAAUAUCUGAACCCGGCUCCACGAGCCGAUCUAAUGAAGUAGCUACUGUUUUAAUCACACCUGAAGGGACUCAAGCCUUGAACCCAGCUUUCGACGUGACACCGAAUGAUUUGAUCAGUGGUAUCGUCACUGAACUCGGAGUAGCAGAGCGAGGUCACUCAAGCUUUGAUUUACGAGAACAUGCGAAAGGAGGAUCAUCUCAUUCAACUGAUGGCCAAUCACAAGCGGAGCUUCAAAUCGCCAGUCAAGUUCAGAAUCUACAGGCCAAGUACAAUGCUACGGCCGCAGCUUACAAGGAUAAUACUGGACAUGACUUGCUCCAAGGUGGGAUCGAGGGAAGAGAGCCAGUUAACCCAGCAAAAUGA